ACCUAUUUCAAAUUAACGCGUGACUGUUUACCGUUUGUAACGCGCGAUAUUGAAAAGCCCUUAACGAUGGUUAAGUGUAGCGUAGUUGGUUGCAAAAAUUACGAAAACAACAAGUACGGUCCGAAGAAAAAGUUUUUUCUUUUCCCGAAAAACAAAAACUUGUGUGCUCUGUGGGCGGAACUGAGCGGCGGUGGCAGUCAGGUGAACACAAAUGGGACCAAAAUAUGUUCCGACCACUUCGUGGAGGACGACUAUCGGCUGCAGGAUAUUCUGCUCAAUACUGAGUUUGGUAAACGGAUGCUGAAGAAAGGAGCGGUGCCGAGUCAACUGUUACCCGUGACCAUUGAGGAGCGUGAAAUCGACGAAAGCGAACGGAAAGAAAUUGUUCGGGAGGCUAUCGAUGAAUACGACCGAAGUUAUUCACCAAACCGCCAGACACGAGAUGUAGCUGUUCAAACCGAAGUUAGAUCUGAAUAUGGCUUGGAACAAUCCUAUCGAAAAGAAAUUGCCGCCUUAAAAAAGGAGCUACAACUUGAACGAAACCUAAAGUUAGCCCUGUAUCGGUCACGACCGGCAAAAAGGCGACGAGGUCCGGUUGAUGCCAACAGCUUUGAAUAACAGACUGCAGCACAUUUCGCUGUGCUAAUGUACUACAAGUUUGAGCUAGUAUAGGAUAAAGAAACUUAGUCGACGUCUCAAAUCAUUAGUUAAA